CUUAAAAACAGUGCAAAAACGGUGAGAGUACAGUUUGGAUUAUAGCAUUUGCCACAUUUUCCCGUAGGAAACGGGAGUCCCAAGGAUGGGAAUGCUCCAGAGUGACUUUGUAAAGAUUUAAGUAUUAUUUGGGUAAACUUUCUAUUGGAGACAAAUCGUUGAAAAUGUGGCACGAAGCGAGAAGGCAAGAGAAGAAAUUGCGCGGAAUGAUGGUAGAUUACCGCAAAAGGGCAGAGCGAAGAAGAGCUUUCUACGAAAGGAUGAAACAAGAUCCUACUCAGUUCCUGAGAGUAUAUGGACAAAAAUAUAAAAUCCAUAUUGAUCCACAGUUGUCAUCAGCAGGAGAUGGGAAAACUGUAAUGAUGCCAUGGCAAGGUGACUCAAAUAACAUGAUUGACAGGUUUGAUGUUCGAGCCCACCUUGAUAUUAUCCCAGAACAACCAUCAUCAAGUUCUAUUGGAGCCUUGAUGGAGACUGAUCCAGAGGAAAACAGAUUAAAUUAUGAAAGAUACAGAACAUUGGUAAUGAUAGAUUACAGUGGAGCCUCAGAGGAGUCUUAUCUUCGGCAGUUGGAAAUAGAAGAAAUGUAUGGAGCCAAGAAAGCAGAUGAGAAAAAAGACAAAGAAAAGAGUCAAGCUAAAGCUACCAUUGGCUUCACGUAUGACAACAACAAAAGUGUCGGCGAUUCGGACAAGGACGAUGAUGAUGAUAAUGAUGAUGACAGUGACAGUGAUAGUGACAGUAUCCUUAGUGAUAUAGAGAGAGAAACCUUAGACUCUCGCGGACUCCAUUACGGCAUGGCAUCAGCACAAUUCUGCAGAAAGCUGAAAGAAGAUAAAGAAGAGUUGGAAGAGCAACGGAGGCUUCGACAACAAGAAGAGGAACGUUCACUUGUUACUGGUCGGCGUGCCCGUCGUGAAAGACGUUCAUUGCGAGAAAGACAGAGAAGGAAAGCACAUGACGUGGAACUGUCACCACCCAGUUAUGCCAGAAAAGCAAGCCCUACAUAUGAACCAUACAGAAGGUCUUCCUCUCGAUCAUCGUCCAGAUCGCCAUCACCAGAAAACGCCGGCAAAGUGGAAUUUAUCACAGAAUUCAGCCAUUCAUCGACCGAUCAGCCUUCCACGAAAGCGAGCGGUGAUUCACGAUCACGUUCAUCCUCCUCCCGUACUUCUGAACGAAAGAAAUCGAAGGAGCGUGACAGGUUGCAGUCACACAAGAAACAGAGAAGUAGAACACGCUCACGGUCACGCGACCGCGAUCGACGGCGUUAUCAUGGCAGAUCGCGAGACAGAUCCCGCGAGAAAAGUAGGUCACGCGAGAGAAGUCGCUCACGUGACAGAAGCCGGUCACGUGACAGAGACCGUCACGGUACUCGUGGGCGUGAAAAGCAUAGACACCAGAGUCGCAGCAGAAGCCGCAGUCAUGAACAUGACCGUGAUCGGCGAGAGCGUGACAAUGACCGUGACAACAAGGAACGAAAGAAGCAGCCGUCCAAGGGAUUGGGGUUGUUGAAAACCAAAGCAACACCUUCCUCAGGCAGCAAAGAAAAGUUAAGUGCUCAGGAAAAGAUGAAAAAACGAAUGCAAAUGAUGCUCAACAAGCAACUGAAAUCUGACAGAAAAGAAGAUAGACGAAAACGAGAAGUCAAAGAACAAGAAAGACGGGAACGCGAGGAUGACCUUCGCGAGAUGCAGCGGAAAUGGCGUGAACGGGAUAGAGACAGAUAUGACACAAGUCGGUCGCCUUCCCCUAGAGGAAGGCGAAGAAGUGUAUCUAGGUCUCCACCGCGGAGAAGACACAGAAGUAGGUCCCGAUCACGAUCGCCAGUUGAACCCCAGACAAUCCCUGUUGUAGACAUCGAUGCACAUGCUUUGGGAGAGGAGGUUGUCGAGUACGUCUACCCUGUAAAAGACCCCAAAUGAUGCAUACCUCACCACUACUUUCUUGGAUUAAAAAAACAGCCUCUUUGUCAUAAAGUGAAGCCAUUGGAAGCUGAGAUCUUAAGAAGAAAUUGAAGUCGAAUUCAGAGGAAAUUUCAGUGAACGAAGAUGUUGUCGGACACAGUAAUAUAACAUCUUCAGGGAUGUGGAAACCAAGUUUAAAAUAGCACAGAGCGUGAAAGUUUUGAAGUCGUCCAACUCUGUGAACUGGUUAGGUGUUAUAACUAAACUACGCAGCCAAUAUCCA